AUGAAAGUGGCAAAACUCUCUCUCCGUUUGGAGCUUCGAGCUCUAAGAAGACAAACAGGCCCAUAUUGGCAUUCGGGGUGCUCCGAAGCUUUCCCAGGCCAAGUCUCCUCCUUUACACAGAGAAACCAGGAGUUUGAAAAAUCUGCAUCUUCAAGAACCCUUGAACAAGAACACGAGCAUGCUCAUGAAGUACAUUGUUCCAGAGAAAGAAGUAGGGCAGCAUGGAAAAUUAUUGAGGAGUACCUGAUGCCGUUUCUGGAACAAGAGCACUAUGAGAUGUCAAGUAAGUGUCGACUUCAUCCUGACAAUGAUCUAUUUAGGGAUCAGGAACAGCACAAGAUUCAUCUGGAUAUAAACGAAUGGCAGUGUGGAUACUGUAAGAAAAGCUUCCGUGCUGAAAAGUUUCUUGAUCAGCAUUUUGACAACAGACACUACAAUCUUCUGAAUGUAAGUGGCAGCAAGUGCUUAGCUGAUUUAUGCGGAGCUUUGCAUUGUGAUGUCGUAAUGAAUACCAAGUCAAGCAAGACCAAAUGCAAUCCUGCAGCUGCUGCAAGGAAUCACCAUCUAUGUGAGGGUCUUGCCGAUAGCUGUUUUCCUAUUAAUCAAGGUCCCUCAGCACGCCGCCUUAAUGAAUUGUUCUUGCACCAAUUUUGUCACGCUCACACGUGCUCGAGGAAACAUAAACAUUUUCCUAGAGGAGGAAAGAAGCAAUUAAGUGUAUUCUAUCUGGCUAUUUCCAUACUGACUUUGAUGCUGCUCCCUAUUUUCUAUCUGAUAGUUUAUUUGCACCAAAGAGAGAUGAGAACGGGAACCCAAGAUCUUAGGCGCAUCUCAAAAGUUGGGCAGAAGACGAAACCCUCAUAGUAGUUGGUAAUCUAUAUACAAGUUCAAAUAUAUACCGUUCAUAAUGUCAUGCAUAGUGUGCUUUGUAGUUGGGACAAGGUCUGUGAUAUUCCCUUUGAUACUUAUCCCAAAGUAAAAAAGAAAAACAUAUGCCUCUUGGUGUUAUAACAGUGGGUAAAUGAUUCAGAGGGUUUUUAGAUUAGUGAUUAAUGGCUCUUUAUUAUCAUUUAUUACAAAAUAAUUAGUACUGAUUGCAUCUAAUAAAAGAUGUGAUAAUUUAUACAAAUAUCAUUCAUUGGGUAUCCUUUCAAUAUGUAUUCUAUUGAAUUAGUUUAUC